UCUAGACUGAGAUAGCCGCGCAGAUUGCAUUUGUGUCCGUGUUUGUUAUAGUAUUGUUGUUAAAGUCAAAGUUUCUUCAAAUAAUCAGUUUCUAAUUCUGGGAAAUUUUUCUAUAUUCUGUAUUAUACUAUAUAAUAAACUUCAAUACAACGCCUACAAAGCCACUACAAAGUCUCUUGCAAUCCUGGGACUGUCGGCAGCGUGCGCCUGUGAGCCUGUAUUAGUGGCCCGAAUAACUGGACUUUCCGAAUUUGCGCAGUUUCCCCGAAACUGUUAAAGAAGCCCUUAAAUUACGGGAAAUCAAGCAUGGCACGCGACACCCAAGGAACCCAGGGAACCCAGAGCCAGGAGUCCAGCAUCUGGACCCUGGUGGAAAGCCAGCCCAUGGAGAAGAUCGUCUGGGGCCGGUUGUACGGCAAGAACAUUAAGAUCAAAUCGCUGGGUACGAGCUCAAAAUAUCGUAUAAUUUAUACGCCUUCGUCCUUUUCUGUUGAUCUGAACAAUGACGAGUUCUCCGCAGGACGUGGCGAGGCGAAUGACUUGAUCCUCACGCUGAACGAUUUGUCCGAGAAAAUCCUGACGCGCAUUUCCAAAGUCCACUUUACUAUUAAGCGGGCAAACUGUGACCUCGCCAGUCCCGUUUACAUUAAGGACCACUCCCGAAACGGGACCUUUGUGAACAAUGAAAAAAUUGGGAUGAACAAAAUGCGCAUCUUGAAAAACGACGACGUUAUUUCCCUAUCCCAUCCCACCCACAAAGCCUUUGUGUUCAAGGAUCUCAGUCCGAACGAGUCUAUUGGUCUGCCUGAGGAGAUAACAAAAACGUAUUAUAUAAAUCGCAAACUGGGCUCCGGGGCCUACGGACUGGUGCGACUCGUCUACGAUACUCGCACCUGCCAGCAGUUCGCGAUGAAGAUUGUGAAGAAGAAUAUGCUGUCGGGGGGUUCGCGACCCAGCACCAAUUUGAGCGAUCCCGAACGAGUUCUCAAUGAGGCCAAGAUCAUGAAGAAUCUAUCCCAUCCGUGUGUGGUUCGAAUGCACGACAUUGUUGACAAGCCGGAUGCCGUUUAUAUGGUGCUAGAAUUUAUGCGCGGCGGCGAUCUACUAAAUCGAAUCAUAAGCAAGAAGCUGCUGACCGAGGAGACUUCAAAGCUUUACUUUUACCAAAUGUGCCAUGCCGUUAAGUAUCUUCAUGAUCGCGGUAUCACCCACCGCGACCUCAAGCCGGACAAUGUGCUGCUAGAAACCAACGACGAGGAUACCCUCCUGAAGGUAUCCGAUUUUGGACUAAGCAAGUUUGUCCAGAAGGACUCUGUGAUGCGGACGCUAUGUGGAACUCCACUCUAUGUGGCCCCGGAGGUUCUAAUAACCGGCGGUAGAGAGGCCUACACCAGAAAAGUGGACAUCUGGAGCUUGGGUGUGGUGCUCUUCACCUGUCUCAGCGGCACACUACCCUUCUCUGACGAAUACGGCUCUUCGGCGGCCGAACAAAUAAAGAAGGGAAAGUUUGCCUACCGACAUCCGGCAUGGAAGGGUGUCUCGCAGCGCGCCAAGCUUCUAAUUAACCAAAUGCUCAUUGUGGAUCCCGCAAAGCGACCCUCAAUUGAUGACGUUUUGCAGUGUAGCUGGCUGCGAGAUGCGGCAAUGCUGCAGAAAGCCAAACAGCUAAUGAAAAUCGAAAGCAUGGAUAUCGAGGAGGAAAAUAAUUUCCUUGAGCCGCCCACCAAGCGUUCGCGGCGCUAGCAUUCUACUAUUACUAUUCAUUCCAUUUGCCAACGGUUAGGUUAAGGCGCGAAAAAGUUUUAAUUUUCUGGAAAAAUUAUUGAAAAACAUUUUUCUCCGAAUGCCGCCGCCGCCGCCACCGCGUAUCAUUCUGUUUGAUGUUCCAGUAUUUUUUUGCGGUUGUUUAUUUUUACGUGUUGUUUAGUAUAAGUCUUUCUUAUGAUUCCCCUCUUUGGCUAUUUUAUAUACUUAAUUUCGAUCCAAUCUGAUCUGUUUAGAAACUAAACGAAAUUGGUUUAAGGAUAAAUAUGAUUUGACUUUUCAGCGAAUAUAUACUGAGCUUUUUGAAAUAAAGCAUUUGCAUUUAUAUAAAUAA